AUGUCGAACAAGAACGAGGAGCUGUGCCCGCAAAACUUCCGCGAUGCCAACGAGGUGCUCAACAACACCACCGAUCUGCUCCUGCUGAUCAUCGCCAUCUUCCUGCCGCCUAUCACCGUGCUGUUGAAGCGCGGCGUGGACAUCCAUCUCUUGAUCAACAUUUUAUUGUGGAUUUUCCUGUUCUGGAUCGGUGGCGUGCUGCACGCGUGGUACAUCGUCUUCGUCACGGAGGGAUCGCUGUUGGAUAAGAAAUGA